AUGAUGCUCGCCGGGGCGCAGAUCGUGAACGAGAGCAGUGUGGCCUUCAGGCCUGAGGGUGCGGGGCCCAUGACCUCCGCUGCAUCACCGGCCGCGGCCCAGGGCCCGUGCCUCAAAGACAACCGCCUCGCGAACAUCAAAACACGAGAGCCGGUGGACAUCCAGUUCAGCAAUAUCACGUGCACCGUCAGCCUAGGCAUCAACAAAGGUCACAAGCAAAUCCUUCAUGGCGUGAACGGCCGCCUCCGGCCCAGGCAACUGAUUGCUAUAAUGGGCCCUUCAGGCGCUGGAAAGUCCACUCUGCUGGACGUCCUCUCAGGAUACCGCAUCAGCGGUGUCGGCGGUGCUGUCUUCAUCAAUGGCAGAGGCCGUGUGAUGAAGAGAUUCAAGCGCAUGUCGUGCUACAUCCAGCAAGACGACAGGCUGCAAGGCCUGCUAACGGUGGGCGAGAAUAUGGCGCUCGCCGCGGACUUAAAGCUGCCCACUAAACUUGACAAAUACGAGAAAGGGGAAGUGAUCGAGGACAUCCUCACGAACCUUGGUCUAUACGAGCACAUGAGUACUAAGGCUGCACAAUUGUCCGGUGGGCAGAGGAAGCGUCUUUCCAUAGCGCUGGAGCUGAUAAACAAUCCCCUCAUCAUGUUCCUCGACGAACCCACCACCGGCCUGGACAGUUCCUCGUGCACGCAAGUUGUGCAGCUGUGCCGCAGCCUCGCCCACCAGGGGCGCACCAUAGUGUGCACGGUGCACCAGCCGUCCGCCUCGCUGUUCGCGCUGUUCGACCAGGUGUACGUGCUGGCGGCGGGCAGCUGCCUCUAUCAGGGCACCACGCGGAACCUGGUCCCCUAUUUGGAGCAGGCGGGGAUACCGUGCCCCGUUUACCACAACCCGGCAGACUACGUAAUCGAAUUGGCGUGCGGCGAGUACGGCGACGACAAGAUCGGCUACUUGGCUACCAAAGCCGAGAACGGCAAGGAGCUGGCCUGGUUCGACGACGCCGAGACGAUCCCCUCCAUGGAGGCGCUGAGGAAGCAGUACCCCUUGAGCGUCCUGAAGGAACAGGACGCUGGACCCGGAGAGGAGGAGACGCCUCAGUCGAACCAGAGAUCCGUACUGAUAAAAAGGGGUUUCCUAAAAGCGAAACGCGACGCCACCAUGACGCACUUGAGGCUCGUCGUGAACGUCGUCGUGGGCAUCAUGUUGGGCAGCCUGUUCAUAAAGGCGGGAAACGAGGGCUCCCGGGUGACGGAGAACUACAACCUGCUUUUCGCAAUACUCAUGCACCACAUGAUGUCGCCAAUGAUGCUGACCAUCCUCACGUUCCCUUCGGAGAUGUCGAUACUGAUAAAGGAGCAUUUCAACCGGUGGUACUCACUGGGAUCCUACUACAUAUCCAUAACUUUGGUGGACCUGCCGAUCUCUAUAGUCUCGUGCUUCGUGUUCAGCGUGAUCGUGUACACGAUGUCCUCGCAGCCGCUGGACAUGGUCCGCUUCCUCAUGUUCUUCUCCAUCUCCCUCUACACGGUGCUCGUCGCGCAGAGCUUCGGCCUCAUGAUCGGCGCCGUCUUCAACGUGGUCAACGGCACCUUCCUGGGCCCGACCAUCUCCGUUCCGAUGAUGAUGUUCGCCGGUUUCGGCGUGACCCUGCGCGACCUGCCGCCUUACUUGUACUGGGGCUCUUACGUGUCCUACCUCCGCUACGGGCUGGAGGGCCUCAUCGGCGCCAUCUACGGCCUCGACAGGCCACGGCUGGACUGCAACCAGAAACUCUACUGCCACUACAGAUAUCCGCACACGUUCCUGGAGGAGGUCGCUAUGUCGCCUGACAUGUAUUGGUGGGACGUUCUCGCUCUCAGCGUGUUCGUCCUGGUCUUGAGGGUCGCCGCGUUCCUCCUGCUCAAAUGGAAACUCAACGCUGUGCGA